AUGGUUCUCAUUUUUGGUUUUCGCCUGUGGCGCGUUUGUGCACUAAUUCUCGUCUUCCUGAUCCUGACUAUUUCUGGCGCUUCAACCAUCGACAACGGUAGGCUGUUUAUCAUCAAUGGCUCCAAUUACUAUGCCGGCGAUGCGGUAUCGAGGAUAUCAUUCUCGGAUCUUGAUACGACUCAUUUGGACGAAACCGUCCCCAUGACGCUCAUUCGGACAGAGGAAGCUCUGCUCACUACGACUAGUAUCAAAGAAAUCAUUUCGAAUUAUUCCGUCACUGAUGAUGUCUUUCAGCUUGAAUUUCUGAAGAUGGUUUUCUUGGUAUACGACGGAGAUAGCCAAGGCCAAACGGACGCUUCUGUUCAUGAAGUUCUCCAGGAAAUAGGUCAUAAUCGGAUUAUAGCCUCUGCAAACUAUCAAUCUACGCCGCAGAUCGUACCCGCCAGGCUGCUCAAUGAUCUACCAAAGGGACCAUACUUUUAUUCACCGCGGACUGGAGAGAUCUAUCAAGCCUUUCGUCUCUAUUCCGAUCAUCAGCUAGCAUUUACUGAGGGUACCCUUAUCGACGGGGCCGGCGGGUUCAAGCCUCUGCCUGCAAUCACAUCGGGUGCAAUGACGAAGAGUAUCGCUGUACCAUCAAGGCUGUAUUAUACACCAACUUCAACAAAACCACUGGCCGGGUUGCGUCUGGGCGUGAAAGAUAUCUUCCACAUAAAGGGACUGCGGACCAGCGGGGGCAAUCGGGCUUUCUACGAUUUAUAUCCUCCGCGAAAUACAACCGGCCCUGCACUUCAAAGACUCAUAGAUGCAGGGGCCAUUGUCGUGGGUAAAAUGGGCACCGUUCAAUUUGCGAACGGUGAUAAUCCCACAGCCGAUUGGGUUGAUUUCCACUGUCCUUUCAACCCCCGAGGUGAUGGCUACCAAGCCCCCAGCGGUUCGUCGUCAGGAUCUGCUGCCGGUAUUGCCUCCUAUGACUGGUUAGAUAUUGCCAUAGGCAGCGACACCGGUGGCUCGAUGCGCAAUCCAGGCGGAAUGCAGGGAAUCUUUGCCAACCGCCCAUCUACCGGAGCUGUAUCUCUUGACGAUGUUCUACCACUUUGUUAUGCACUUGACACUGCCGGCGUUUUUGCUCGCAAUGCCGCCACCUGGUCGAAGGUCAUGCAUGCCUGGUAUCAGAACUUUACAGACUAUACAGAAUACCCAAAGAGGUUAUUCUACCAGAACUCUUCUUUUCCUUACACUAACACAACAGCCGGUAUGCUUUUCGAGGAACUAGUUGUGAAAGUGGAAGACUUUCUUGGCACGAAGAGGGAGUAUGUUGACAUUGCUUCGCAAUGGGAGAAAAGUCGCCCUCCGGGAACACCCUCAACUUUAGACGGCUUACUAAAAAAAACAUAUGCUUUGUUAGUAUCCGUCGACCAAUAUCGCUCCUUGGCAUUGCCGUUCUACGCAGACUAUGCAGCCCAGCAUGACGGUCGCCGACCAUUUGUGAACCCGGGUCCAUUAGCAAGAUGGGCUUGGGGUCAAAAGAAUGGUGGCAAUGCCGGAUAUGACGAAUCCUUCAAGAACAAAACGAUCUUCAAGGACUGGUGGGCAACAAAUGGAUACGGAAAAUCAGACAGCAAGACUUGCUCUGAGGGUAUAUAUAUUUAUCCUUAUAGCAUUGGUGAGACUCAGUAUCGGAAUGUCUAUUCGAGUGGCCCUUCUGACCCUCCGAUGGGAUUUGGUGAUCCUCGCAUUUCCAACAUGGCCGACACUCCGGAUCUGGUAGUUCCUGUGGGGGAGAUUCCCUAUAACUCUACUGUCUCUCUGAAGACGGAGUUUAUGCCAGUCACGAUGAGUUUUACCGCAGCCAGGGGCUGUGAUCUGAUGCUGGUCAAUCUCAUCGAGGAUUUGGAAAAGGCCGGGAUUUUGAGGCCAGUGAGCACGGGGCCGAGAAUGUAUCCAGAAUAA